UCCAUGGCAGCCAUCGGGGUGCAUCUGGGCUGUACGUCGGCCUGUGUGGCCGUCUAUAAGGAUGGCCGGGCUGAUGUAGUCGCCAAUGAUGCCGGGGACAGAGUGACCCCAGCUAUCGUCGCCUACUCGGAAAACGAAGAGGUGGUUGGAUUGGCAGCCAAACAGAGUAGAAUCAGAAAUAUCUCGAAUACGGUGAUGAAAGUCAAGCAGAUCCUCGGCAGAAGCUCUGAUGACCGCCAAGCUCAGAAAUACAUCUCGGAAAGUAAAUGUUCAGUCACUGAAAAAAAUGGGAAAUUGCGAUUUGAAAUAGAUACUGGAGAAGAAACAAAAUUUGUUAACCCCGAAGAUGUUGCCAAAUUGAUUUUCAGUAAAAUGAAAGAAACAGCACAUUCAGUCUUGGGCUCUGAUGCAAAUGAUGUCGUGAUUACAGUUCCAUUUGAUUUUGGAGAAAAGCAAAAAAAUGCUCUUGGGGACGCAGCCAGAGCAGCUGGUUUUAAUGUUUUGCGGUUAAUCCACGAACCAUCCGCCGCUCUACUGGCUUAUGGAAUUGGACAAGACUCUCCCACUGGAAAAAGCAACGUCUUGGUGUUUAAGCUGGGCGGAACUUCAUUGUCCAUCAGUCUCAUGGAAGUCAACAGUGGCCUCUACCGCCUUCUUUCCACGAGCACGGACAACAACAUCGGCGGGGCGCGCUUCACAGAAACUCUGGCACAGUACCUGGCAUCUGAGUUUCAGAGGUCUUUCCGGCAUGACGUGAGGGGCAAUGGCCGUGCCAUGAUGAAACUGAUGAACAGCGCUGAGGUUGCCAAGCACUCCUUAUCGACCUUGGGCAGUGCCAACUGUUUCCUCGACUCACUCUAUGAGGGGCAGGACUUUGACUGCAACAUUUCCAGGGCAAGAUUUGAGCUGCUCUGUUCUCCACUUUUUAAUAAAUGCAUCGAUGCAAUCAGAGACCUCUUAAAGCAAAGCGGACUGACGGCUGAAGAUAUUAAUAAGGUCGUCCUCUGUGGAGGGUCAUCCCGGAUCCCCAAGCUACAGCAGCUGAUCCGAGACCUUUUCCCCACAGGGGAGCUUCUCAAUUCCAUCCCGCCUGAUGAGGUCACCCCAAUCGGCGCUGCCUUGGAAGCAGGAAUUCUCAUAGGCAAAGAAAACCUGCUCUUGGAGAACUGCGUGAAGGUUGAGUGCUCAGCCAAAGACAUCUUAGUGAAGGGGCUGGAUGAAUCCGGCGCCCAGAGUUUCGCUGUGCUGUUUCCCUCUGGGACUCCUUUGCCAGCCCGAAGACAGCACACGUUACAGGCCCCUGGAAGUCUCUCUUCUGUGUGCCUUGAACUCUAUGAGUCGGAGGGGAAAAGCUCCGCUGUGGAGGAAAACAAGUUUGCACAGGUUGUACUUCAGGAUUUAGAUAAAAAAGGUGGAUUACGUGAUAUCUUAGCUGUUCUUACUAUGAAAAGGGAUGGCUCUUUACACGUGAUGUGCACAGAUCAAGAGACGGGGAAGUGUGAAGCACUCACAGUUGAGGUGGCAUCUUAGUGUUAAAGGAGCUUGAAGUUUUUAGAACGAAAUUAUCAACAUUAUCUGGUUUUGUUUACAAGUGAUGUUUAUAUUAAAAUACUUUUUAAAUGAACUGUAGAAUCUAUGUUUUUAUUAAAUAAUUCAUUACAA